AUGCCCAUCCUUGAUUCAAAAUCCCACACUCUCACGAGCCGGUGUCAAACCAAAUGUGGAAACAUAAAUAUCCCGUACCCCUUUGGAAUCCAAGAAGGUUGCUAUCUCAACGAGUGGUACAAAAUCAAAUGCAAAAACGCUACUUCUCUGUUCCUUUUCAAGAUUGGCAUGGAAGUUGUGGAUAUCUCUUUGCCAAGCCCAGGAAAUGAAAAACAUAUUACCCAUUCUUACCAGUUAUUCGGGACAAUUCGUGCCAAAAGCCGGAUAGCAUCAGUUGGAUGUUCCAAAGAUGGAAAAGAGUCUGGAUCGACUUUGAAUCUGACGGGCAGCCCUUUCUUCGUUGAGAGAGCAAACAGCCUGGUAGCGGUUGGUUGCAACAGCGAGGCGUGGUUGACUAACAUCGAGCCGAGAAUGGUGGGAUGCGUGCUGAAUUGCACUGCAGGCAAAGUUACGUUACCUAGAAAAAGCAAAAGCGUCCCUUUUUUGGACAAAACCGGGUGUUCUAAGGACGGGUUAACUUAUACUACUAACACACAAAAUUGUUCAAAUAGCAAAGGUGAAGGUGAAAGAAGCUGUGAUAGUAACGGAUGCUGCAGUGCUAAUCUGUCGCCUGAUGAAGCUUACCAGGUAGUCGGUGUCGGAAUAGAGAGCUUCGAUCAUCGAAACUCGACAAGCGGAGGAGAAUGCAGAGUCGCUUUCUUAACAGAUGAAGACUACACGUUUUGGAAUGUAAUCGAACCACAAAGAAUUUUCGCUCGAGGGUAUGCUACAGUUACGAUAGCAUGGGUCAUUCAAACGGAUAAUAUUUCCUUUAUCAACUCGUUAAGCUGCAAAAACGAUAAUGGGUACGAUUAUUUUUUGUCUAGUAUGGGACGACAUAGACACCCUACAAGUUGCUUAUGCGAAAAUAUCACCAUUUAUGGGACCAGCUAUGCAAACUGUCAAUGCAGCCCAGGCUAUGCAGGCAAUCCAUACCUCUUUAAGGAUUGCAAAGAUAUUAAUGAGUGUCUAGCAACUGAUUAUCAUGGAAGAGGCAGGGCUUGUAGAGAAAGCGAGACUUGCGUGAAUCUGGCUGGAGAUUUCAAAUGCAUCCUCAAUAAGACUAUAAUAUCAUUUAUAGGAUUAGGUGCAGGUUUUAGUAUUUUAGUCCUAGUUGGUGGUAUCUGGUUGCUGGCAAGGUAUCUUAAGAAGAGAAAGGUGACUCGGAGGAAAAAGAUGUUCUUCAAACGUAAUGGAGGACUAUUGUUGCAACAACAACUCAAUACAAGAGAAGGUAACGUAGAGAAGACAAGAAUAUUUAGCUCGACGGAACUUGAAAAAGCCACUGAAAACUUCAGCGAAAGCAGAAUACUUGGACAAGGUGGUCAAGGCACUGUGUACAAAGGAAUGCUGGUAGAUGGUCAAAUGGUGGCUGUCAAAAAAUCCAAAGUUGUGGAUGAAGACAAACUAGAGGAGUUCAUCAACGAAGUUGUCAUACUCUCCCAAGUCAACCAUAGACAUGUCGUCAAACUCUUGGGAUGUUGUCUGGAGACCGAAGUUCCUGUUCUGGUUUACGAGUUUAUCCCCAACGGUAACCUUUUCCAGCACAUCCAUGAAGAAUAUGAUGACUACACAAUGAUAUGGGGCGUGCGUUUGCGCAUAGCAGUUGAUAUCGCAGGAGCUAUUUCGUAUCUACACUCUUCUGCGUGUUCUCCCGUUUAUCACAGAGAUGUCAAAUCAACAAACAUAAUGCUAGACGAGAAGUAUCGAGCCAAGGUAUCUGACUUCGGUACUUCAAGAUCAGUAACGGUAGAUCAUACUCACUGGACAACAGUCAUUUCAGGCACCGUCGGAUACGUGGAUCCAGAGUACUAUGGUUCCAGCCAGUAUACCGAUAAGAGUGAUGUUUAUAGCUUUGGUGUCAUCCUCGUCGAGCUAAUAACAGGUGAGAAGCCUGUAUUAACUCUUCCGGGGUCUCAAGAAAUAAGAGGCUUAGCGGAUCAUUUCAGAGCUGCCAUGAAAGAGAACAAAUUCUUUGAUAUUAUGGAUGGUCGAAUAAGAGAUGCAUGCAAACCAGAACAAGUAAUGGCAGUGGCAAAUCUAGCAAGGAGAUGUUUGAAUUCCAAGGGAAAGAAGCGGCCAUAUAUGACGGAAGUGUUUGCCGAGUUAGAGAGGAUAUCUUCAUCUCCAGAGAAUGCAUUGGUAAAUCUUGAAAAUGAGGACGGUGAUGAUGCAAAGGAAGAAGGAAUGAAUAUGAUAGAGAUUGCUGAUUCAUGUACCGUUGGUGUUACCGCUCCAGUCUUAAGUACUGUAGCUUCACCUUCAUCGGCAGGUGUUGAACCAUUGUUUCCUCGUACCACAUGGUGA